UUAAGACAAGGCUGACUUCUCUCUCUUCUCAUUUUCAGAGCUCAAACUCCAACUUAGAACAUUAGAGAGAGAUCAGAGAGAGAGAGAGAGAGAGAGAGAGAUCUGGGUCUAAUCCCAAGACCCUCUUCCGUUUUCGAUCCAAGCAAUUCUCUAACAUCAUCAACUCGUGCUGGGUGUUUGCAGAAGAUUCUGAAGCGAUCAUGACAGGUUACUCGAGAAGAAAAUCUCGGAGAGUCACUGGGUUCAUUGCUCUUCUUGUUCUAUUUCUUCUGCUAUUUAUGUUUCUUACCUCAUCAUCGUCUUCGUCUUCUUCUGAUCAUCAUCAUCAUCAUCAUCAUCAUCAUCACCAUGGGACUAUUGAACACUCCUCUCAUGGAAGCUUGGAGAGAUCCAAGCCAUCUUUCAGGCUCCGUCAUCAUGACUCCAAUGGCGGAUCAAGCGGAUCAGGAUACAGUAGAGGAAGUGAUAAUGUGUUCGAAGAUGGAAAAAGAAGAAUUUUUACAGGUCCGAAUCCUCUCCACAAUAGAUGAAUAUUGUGCUCUUUUUUUUUGGGUUUUGAUUGAUGAAAAUAAAGAGAUUGUGAACAAAAAAGUAUGAGAUUAUCCAAAGAUUGUUAAAUAUACGAUAUUUAUAUAUUCUCUCUCGCUAUUGUUAUUUUUUGUUUGGUUUAUACAUACAAAACUAUAAUCUUGUGUUUUUGUCCCAAAAAAAUCUAUGAAUGUGUACGUAGAUACAAUAAUCUUGAGUUG